AUGUCUCCCAGGAGGGAGCGGUUGGUAAAAAAAAAAAAAAAAAAAAAAAUGAAGCACCUCUUUAAGUUCACCCCUGACUGUACACAUCAUGUGGAAGAUGGAAUCAUGGAUGCUGUCAAUUUCAAACAAUUUUUCCAGGAGAGAAUCAAGGUGAACUGCACAGUCAGGAAUCUCAGCAGAAGUGUGGUCACCAUUAAAAGGAGCAAGAGCAAGAUCAGUGUGUCUUCCAAGGUGUCUUUUUCCAAAAGGUAUUUGAAAUACCUCACCAAAAAGUAUCUGAAGAACAAUAACAUACAUGGUUGGUUGCACGUAGCCUCUAAUAGCAAAGAGAGUUACAAACUAUGUUAUUUCCAGAUUAACCAGGACAAAGAGGAAGAGGAAGAUGAGAAUUAA